CAAAUCUGGUCACACUGGUGCCCAUUUUACAGCGGCGUCAACAUCUACUCUGCGCACAUUUCAACAAAAUUCCGUAUUUAUUGCUAGUUGUACGUUAUAAAACAUUUAGCACAGUGCAAUUACAACAAGUGUGUGGUAAUGAGGCUGUUUACGAUUUGCACAAACGCGCACAACAAACCAAACGCAUGUUAGCAACUAUAUACGAAUUGCGUUUUCCGUCCCCCCUCCCACACUCACACACACACACACAAACACACACACCCAGGCGUUGUGCGCCAGGAAUAGCCCAACAGGCCAUCAACAGCGACAGCGACAGCUAUGGAUGUUGUUUGUGUAAUUGAUACUGUUGUGGGCGAUCAUCUGGAGGAUCGUCUCUGCGCCUUAGAGGAGAUCAAGCAGGCAGUGCAAUCAGCAGGAGCCAAUUUUCAGCGUGUACAGUUCGAGCGCUUGGAUUAUGGCGAGACGAAUGUGCAGGAAACCUUCUAUAAUGCCGAUGUUGCCGUCAUAGAUUUAAGCAUAUUAACACAACAGCGUCCGCUAUCCUAUCAUUAUGGGGUGCGCGAAAGUUUCGGCAUGAAGGAGAACAUCUUAAUCUACAACGAUUUGGAGUCCAAACAGACGCUCAGCUUAAGGCUCUCUUGUGCCAACUACUUGUUUCUCAGCUAUAAACGUAAUGCUGAGACCAACUCCUGCCAUUUAACACAUCAGGCCAGCAACAAGGAGCCACCCGCAGAUGGACGCGUGCCCACCACAUUACAGUCACGUCUCAAGCGGAAAUUGCAAGAUGUUGAAAUACAAUCAAAGGCACAUAUGCGCGAGAAAUUUCUCAGUGAUAUGCGAGCGGCGCGAGACGCUUACGCGCCCAGCGAUGAUAAGUUAAAAAGCAUUCUACAUGGGAUGCGAAAACGCCUGGACGAUCCACACGUGCUGUCCGGCGAGGUAUUGCACAGUUUUAUGUGCUCACUGCGGGAUGUGCAGGAUUAUGAUGCGAUGGUACGUCUAGUGAAUGACCUUAAGAACAUACCAAACACACGCAAAUAUGUAGAAACGGACAAUAUGAGUUUUUUGUAUGCGUUCGCGUUGAAUCGACGCAAUCGGCCGGGGGAUCGCGAGAAAGCACUAGAAUCAUCACUCAAAGCACUCGAAAAAAUGGAGAAUCCAUUUCCGGAUAUGUUGUGCCUAUGCGGACGCAUCUACAAGGACAUGUUUGUGGAGUCGGACUGUACAGAUACAAAGAGCCUGGAGAAUGCCAUCAAAUGGUAUCGCCAAAGUUUUGAGGUGCAGCCAAAUGAAUAUGCGGGCAUCAAUUUGGCCACCCUGCUGGUAAUCGAAGGCAAGGAGUUCAGCAAUACCGUCGAGCUACAACAUAUUGGCAUGACCCUUAACAAUCUCAUUGGCAAAAAGGGCAGCUUGUCAACGCUCAGUGGCUACUGGGAUGUGGCGACAUUCUUCGAGAUCUCCGUGCUGGCCGAAGACUAUGCCAAGGCCAUACAGGCAGCCGAGUGCAUGUUCAAGCUGAAGCCGCCCAUUUGGUCGCUUAAGUCAACCAUUGGCAAUAUAUCGCUGAUACAUCGUUUUCGGCGCAAACCCGAGGAUCGGCAGCUGCCCAUCGAGGAGCAGGCUUUUCAAUUCUGGAUGGACUUCUUUCUGAUGGCCAUUAAUGUCAAAGAGAUUAAUAGCAUACGCUUUCCCAUUUUGAUACUCGAACCCAACAAAAUUUAUAUGCCCAGCUAUGUGACUAUAAACAUGGAUGCCGAUGAGAAGUCUAUACAGAUUGUAAACAUUUGUCUGGCGCACUCGAAGAAUGCUUGCAAAAAGCUGCACGAUUUUCUGUUUGUUGCUUCAAAGAUUAAAUCAGUUAGCCUAUACAAACGGGACGAUCUCUGUGCGUAUCUAUAUGUGCAUCACAAUUCGGACGAUUUUCAAAUAUACUUUCCAUCCACCGAGUGCCGGCAAAGCUUUUACGAUCGCAUCUUGGAAAUGACUGCCGAUCAGGAGGUGUUUGUCAAUCUGGAGACUGAUGAGGCGCAAAUCGAGUAUGAAUACGAUUAUAAUGAUCAGAAUCGCAAGAUUACGCUCGGCAAGGGCACCUAUGGCACUGUGUACGCGGCGCGUGAUAAGCAAACGCAGGUGCGUAUUGCCAUCAAGGAGGUGCCGGAGAAGAAUUCACAGGAUGUGCAGCCACUGCACGAGGAGAUCAAAUUGCAUUCGCAGCUGCGCCAUCGCAAUAUUGUACAGUAUUUGGGUUCACGUUCCGAGGAUGGCUUCUUCAAGAUCUUCAUGGAGCAGGUGCCCGGUGGUUCGCUAUCCGAUUUGCUAAAGACCAAAUGGGGUCCGCUCAAGGAUAACGAGUCCACCAUGGCCUUCUACUCCAAGCAGAUACUGCAGGGUCUCAAAUACCUACACGAACAGGACAUUGUCCAUCGCGACAUCAAGGGUGACAAUGUGUUGGUCAACACGUACAGUGGUGUCGUCAAGAUCUCCGAUUUUGGCACCUCAAAGCGCCUGGCGCGUAUAAAUCCCAUGACUGACACAUUUGCGGGCACACUGCAAUACAUGGCGCCAGAGGUCAUUGAUCAGGGCGUGCGCGGUUAUGGACCGCCUGCGGAUAUUUGGUCUUUUGGGUGCACAAAUGUUGAAAUGGCCACCGGAAGUCCGCCGUUCAGUGAACUAGGCAAUCCACAGGCAGCCAUGUUUAAGGUGGGCUUCUACAAGAAGCAUCCCAACAUACCGGAGGAAAUGUCUACGAAUGCCAAGAAUUUUAUUUUACGCUGCUUUGCCAUAAGCGUGCAGGACAGACCCUCUGCCUUGCAGCUGCUCGAUGAUCCUUUUCUGACAGACAAGCCACGCAAGCUGCGGCCUGCCUUGCCGAUUAACACAUCGGAGUUUGGACGCAGCAUCUCCGUGCCCGCUGAUCGCUUGGUGCACAAAACGACGCCGCCUCUGACCUAUAAUACCACAUCGAAUACACCCACGACUCCGGAACUUGACAGCGUCUCACUUGGCACAUCGUCGGUAGACAUUAAUGAGCUGAGCAGCACACAGAAUUUCAUUAUUGAACGUCGGAACUCGUCUGGCUUUCUGCUAUCGCCGGAGAUUGAACCCCAGACGCCGUCCCUGCGUACCAGCAUUAGCGAUACAAGCGAAACGGAUGGAUUCUAUCGUCUGAAAAAGGAUUCGCAGCGGCGUACAACGCUCUCCAAAGUGCUAGCACUGGACGAGUCCAAGAUCUGUGAGAUUUGGGAGAAGAAGAUCAAUUCAGAUCAAAAUUCUAUAGCCAUACGCAAGAGCGAUCUGGAGCUGCUUAUCCGCGGCCUGCGCGACUACAUUAUGAACGAGAAUGAAAAGCAUUUGGAGGCGACAAUCAAUGAACUGAAGCAGAAACUGGAUAACGACGCCAUCGCAUUGGAUCAUUUGCAUCUGGCGUUAUACUCAUUUCAGGAUGCGGUUGUCUGUGCGCUGCGGCUGCACUGUAUCAAGCCGCAUUGGAUGUUUGCGCUGGACAAUCUGGUGAAGCGCGCUGUUCAGGCGGCUGUCACCAUAUUCUCACCCGAAUUGGGCGCAAAUUUGGCGGAUAAGGAUUUGUCGGGCAAUGAUGAUGAAAGCGUGCAUAAUGCUGGUCCACACGCAACGACUGACAGUCAGGAGAAGCAGCCACACGCAUUGGAUAAGCUGCUGCCCGGCAGCAGCAGCGGCGGUGAUCAAGUAGAUGGCGUGGGCAGCUCGGUGGAGUGUGUGCGCAUUCUACGUGAUAUACGCGACAAUCAGAAGCAGCUGCAGUUACAGAUUAUGGAACAAAACCGGCAGAAUCUGCGCGCGCUGCACAACAUCAGCCAGGAGCUCGCCCAUAUCUAUAUGGGCGGUCGCAAGCGCUUGAGGCGCACCUUUAACGGAUUUAACAAGAAGUGCCAUAGAAUGAGUCCAAGCGGCGCGGGAAACGUUGCCGCACGGUCAGCCCAAAACGCCAAUGCCCGCCGCCAGCUAACCAAGCACAAUUUUGGUCUGCACGAGAUAGACGAGCAAUUGGAGCAGUGGCUAGCGCAGCAUGACAUUGAUGAGUUCUCAAAGUCGCUCAUACUGAAUGAAGGUUUCACAUUUGAGGAUUUCAUCUAUAACAUGGAGAAGCUAGAUCUGAUGCGUUUAGGCUUACGCGUGGGCAUCGAGGUGCGCUUGUGGAAACUCAUUAUACAGGAACGUGCCUGCACUUCGGUGUGCGUGGACAGUCCAUCGGGUACAUACCACGAGCCUGUUAACAAUAAUACCAUCACAACCAAUGCAACGGAUGCAGAUAUUAUAAGCCUGGCCAAGGGAAAGAUUAGAAAAAGCGAAAGUGAAUACGCUUCAUGCAGCGAAUGACUAAGCCGCCCCAGAAACCAAGUGGAUUUAGAAUAGAAAUUAAAUCGAGAGAGGAGAUCAAGGGA